CACUGUACUGUUCUGUGUGUUAUUUAUUGGGAAGUAUUCUUCGCUUUAUAACACGGCAAUACAACAAUUCUUAAUUUCAUUUUAUACGAUAAAGUCACAGCAAUGGCGCAUUGGUUCCACAGGAAUCCACUGAAGGCAACAGUGCCAGUGACUUUUGAUCUGGGACAGCAAGCUGCUUCACCACUAGCAAGACAUAUUUGCAGAGAUAUUCGUCAGGCGAGAGCUCAACUACUGGAUCUUCUACCUAAUCCAAAUCAAAAUGUAGCAGCAGUGAAGGAAGCCAUGGAGAAGUACAUCGGCCUCCUAGAAGGGUUCAUAACAGCCUCAGAAGACCCCAAGGCAGCCCCAGUAACUCCCCAGCAGCAGACAGGGGACAGUAUGGACGGAAUGCUGCAAGAAACUUCGGUACCGUCCGGUGAAAGUAAACUGAGAAACUCUGUCAAGGUGACGUGGUCAAACUCGCUUGGUGGGAAAAAUAUUUUCCAGAAUGACUUUGUGUUUGAGGAAAUCAACAUGCUAUUCAACAUUGCUCUGUGGUAUACAAAACACGCUGCUAAGCUGGCAGCCGGCAGUGCAGAAAUUUCAGAAGAAGAUGCAAAAGAAGUCCACAGAAGUGUUCGACAAGCAGCUGGUAUCUUCAAGUUCAUUCAGAGUAACAUGCUGAGUAAGUUGUAUGAAGUGCCCGGCGAUGGCUCAGAUUUGGAUUCCAGAGUCUUAUCUUGCUAUGAGUUACAGUGCACUGCGGAGGCACAAGAAGUCACUCUCGCUAGAGCUAUUGAACUAAAACACAGCAACAGUCUUAUCUCGGCCCUAGCGUCUGAAACCAGCAAGCUGUUUGCCAAAGCUGAUGAAUCUCUCAAAUCGCUGGAAGAAAAACUGGUAGUGAAAUGGAGGAAAUACCUGCAGUUUAAGUGUAUGUUUUACAUGUCAUACGCACACUGCUACAAUGGAAACUACUUGCUAACUAAAGACAAAGGAGGUGAUGCUGUGAGGUCUCUCAAAGAAAGCUUCUCAUUAUUUCAGAAGUCAGAGCUGUUAGCAAAAGAGUAUGCUAAGGCUAAAGGUCCAGGCACAGUAGCAAAACCAGAGCAACAUCCAUUCUUCUUGCGUCUUGGGCCGAUUGUUCACAGGAUACUGGAGAAGACCGAGAGAGAAAACUCAAUGAUCUAUCAUGAGAAAGUACCUGAAGAACUGCCAGAGAUUAACUCCAAAGAGACGUUUGGAUUGGCCAGUCCGCUGGAUUUUGAACUGCCUGCAAAAAGCACCGAGUGGACGGCAGCGGUCUACAAUGGCUUCACUGUUGCAUCAACGAAAAAGAGUCCAGAUGAUAAAGAGGACUCGGUGAAACCAGUUAAGGAGGUUCCCAUUGAAUCUGAUAAGCAUCCAUCAAACUCUACUGGCUGUAGCAUCUCAUAAAAUGCAAAUAUAAUGUGCUUAAUAUUCAUCUAUAUUUGUUAUUUGGAGGCAUUUCACCAAAAGGAAGGUGUGUAUGGAGUGGUAGGGAUUGGGAGGAGGGUGUAAAAUUAAAUUCUGAAAUCCUGGGGACUCUGUUUUUCUACUGGACAGAGUCCCCAAGUUUGGCUUUACCCAGAGUUGUGUAUUGAGAGAGUUGCGACAUGGAGGGACCAGUUUUCUUUGGUCACGUGGUUGCUGGACGCCAUUUUGUCUCCAAAUGCAUCACAACCCAAUGGGCAGACUAGUCUGGCACCCUGUGUUCGCCCAUGCAUUUCUUGGGGAACAAAAUGGUUUCUAAUCGCAAGAUGUCGUAACUCUCCCAAUAUAUGGCUCUGGCUUUACCUGGUGAAGAGCGCCCUCUCUUGGUGAUUGGCAGAAAGUCUAAAGUUUCCCAUUAUAAAAAAGUGUGUUGCUCAAGGACACAAGUGCUGGUGUGGCAGGAGAUUCUGUCCCCGCGGAGAUUCUGACCCCCCAUCCAUACAACCAACUGUGUGCAAACUUCUGAUAGCGUCCUCUUUUUAAAAUUCUUCCUUCAGCCCAUGUUAAAUUCUCAUAGGGACAGAAUCUUGAGUUAGGUGCAUGAGACCAUUCGGCCACACCACUCUAAUUUUAACCACUGAAAUUAAGAAUGUUUGCCCAAGUUGCAGAAUUAUUAAAUUUGUGAAAAAACAAAAAACUCAAUUUGGGAAAGUGACUGUUGGUGUGUACAGGCUCUUCAACUUGUAUAUAUUCAAUUCUAACGGGCUUGAUAUUCUUUCUUACGGUUAUCUUUUUCCAUUUUGUUUGCCCUUAGAAAAAUCGGCAAAGUUUUUGUUAAUAUCCUGAAAAGUCUAUUACAGCCAUUGUACUCAAUUGAAUUUAUUUUUUUUCCUCCAAGGGACAAAACUUAUGCCCUUUUUAAGCUCCAUAAUUCAAUGCACAUUAUUUUAGUUUUUUAUCACAUUUGUAUUACCCAACUUGGAUCAUAAUAUCAAGUAAUUAAAUUGUGGGUUUUUUCAGGGUUAUUGUAGAUAUUAAGGGGAAUAGUAAAUAUAAAUGUAAUCUUGAUGACUAUUCAAAUAUAUCUUGUAAUGUAGAUAUAAUAUAAAAUAUAGUGUAUAUGUUAAUAUAAUUAUAAUGCUAGGUAGGCAGGACAUGUAUGUCUAAAACCAGGGUUCAUACUUCCAGCGAAUGCGAUAUGAAUUUUGACGUCUCAAUUUCUCAACAGUUGAACUGUGUUAAACUAGUG